AUGGCCGCUGUCCUAAGUCCUUAUACGCCAUUCAUGGGUUUUCAACAGCCACCGUCUUUUUAUUCGUCAUUUCCUUUUAACUAUCCUACACAGCCAUCACCACCUGUGGCUAAUCCUUACUACGGACUACAACAGUAUCCAACUUAUUCGUCGCCACAGGCAGUAAGAUCCUAUCAAAAAUCAGCAGCAGUAUAUCCUCAGCCACAACCACAACAGGCGCCAUCAUGCCCUGGUGCACAACAACAAGCGCAAGCUUAUUCAAAAUCACAACAACAAGCACAAGCUUAUCCAAGACAACAACAACCAGUCAAUUAUCACACAUUACAGCAACAACAACAACAACAAGCACCUGUCUAUCCAAAGCCACCAUCGGGUCAAAUUAAUUCUCAACAAGCACCUGUCUAUUCAAAGCCACCAUCGGGUCAAAUUAAUUCUCAACAAGCACCUGUCUAUUCAAAGCCACCAUCGGGUCAAAUUAAUCCUCAACCGGCGCCUUUACCACUUCGUCAACAAAACGUUGUACAGCCUCGUCGAGUACCGGCACCGCCACCACCACCACCACCACAGCAGCAGCAGCAAAAUAAAAUCGUCGAAUACGUAGAUGCUGUCCCGGGAACAUUUCGUCGUCGUCAACCGCGCAUUAUUCGACAAGUCAUUAAAUUACCAACCCCGGAGCCAAUUUACCGUCAAGUAAGACAUCGUAUGCCAACACCUGAACGCGAAGUCAUCCGACGAACAGUUAUCAAGAAAGCUAACGGUGAUAUCGUUGUCAGACAACAACAACCAACUAGAACCAAGAGCCAAAGUCGAUUAGAAAGCAAUUCAUCACGUAUUUCAAGCUAUCGACACAAUGUUCAUACCGAUUAG